AUGGAUGAUUCAGCGGAUACCAUAGCUGGAGAGACACUUUUCGCGCUCGAGACUCGUCUGCGCCGCUUGGAAUUUGUCCUUCAAGGUUCAAGUGAAGAUCCCAUCGGCGAAUUACACGCUCUGGGAGGGGCUGGCCAGAGGAACUCGGUCAGCGCACGUCUCAACGCGCUAGAAAGAGAUCUGAACAGGCUCUCUGCAAAGUCGCAGACCGUAAAAGACAUGCUCAAUCUUCAUGCCAAUUUUCCUGAGAUCUUCAAAAACGUUCAUCCUGCCAUCCAAACCUCAACACUAUCCUCUGAAGAAAAACUAUCAACUGUUCUUGCGGCCGCUCCUUCGUUCCACGCUACCUCUUCGCAGUUGACCUCCAUAAUGGACACCCCCAUUCCAAACCCGUCGAUAUCAACCGACUUGAUUGCAUUAGUCCCCAGGAUAAACAGAGUGCAGGUGGUGCAGCAGGCCCAGGCGAAGGAGAUCGCUGAAUUAAGAAAGAGAAGUGCAGCACUGUUGGAGAUGUGGUAUUUAUUGGGUAUCGAAGGAGUGAACGAGUGCUUUGCCGAGUGGGACGAAAGAACCUUGGCAGUGGACAAGCUCCUAUCAAGAAAGAUUAAGGCUGCGGAAAAUUCAUAA